GGAAAGACCCGCGGCUCGUACUACUGAGGAGCACGAACACUCUUUUGCGCUAGCACUACACAAGACAAACCCCCAAACAAACUUCAGGGCCACGCUUCUUGAGUCCCUGACUGCUAUAAAACCCUACCUCCUGUCCCCUCUUCAUGCCUUUGCUCUCGCGGAAAAUUUCCACAAAUGAGGGGAGAGGAUCCAAAGCCCCCGGAUGAUCCGACGUCGUUUUGUCUUCCACCAGGUUCUCGAUUCUACCCUUCCGAGCAACAGCUCGUCUGCUACUACCUUACUUCUAAAAACAACGGCACCAAUUGUUAUGGCAAAGACGUAAUUAAAGAGUUAGACUUGUACAAUUUCAACCCGUUCAACUUACCUGAAUCGGGUUGCUUCCGGUUCGGCAGCGGAGGGCGGAGGCGCCACUGGUAUUGUUACGUUAGGAGGGUUGUUUUGAGGGAGAGAGGGAGGACGAGAGUCGCCGGUGGUGGGUAUUGGAAAAAGAGGGGGAGGGUUAGGGAUGUAAUUGAGGCGGGUGCAGGGAAAGUUGUGGUGGGGACGCGUAAAAGUUUUGAUUUUUAUUCGGGGGAUUCACACGAGAAUGCUGUUAGGACUCGUUGGGUCCUGUAUGAAUAUGCUCUCAUUGAUCAUCAUAUGGGAUCUUUUGUCCUUUGCCGAGUGUUUAACAAAUCUGAUCUGGGACAUAACUUAUCAGAGCACAAUAUAAGUUCCUGCGGUGAGGAAAGUGUUGCAACUGUGCGUCAUAUAGGUGUUCAAUAUGAUGGAAGUGUUACAUCAGUUAUUGAAGAAUCUAAAAUGCAUGACAAGGGUACGCAAAAUGAUGAUAAUGAGGUUUUGAAGCUCCCUACAGGACAGGGUAAUGAGUUAGACGAGACCAUUAGCCUCAAGCCUGUUUCUGAGCAGGACUUGAAAACCAUUCUAGAAGGAGAUUAUAUAGAGGUCGAUGACCUUCUAUGCUCGCUUCCGGGUGUCGACUGAUUAACUUUAGGAGUGGUAACAUUAAUGUGUUUGAAAAGAUACAAUAGACAGACAUCUCCGAUGUCCUGCAGAUUUUCCUCAGUUGGAGUCUUGAUGCUCAGAUUACUUCCUCAGGAAGUAACGUUAUGAUCUAAUUUUCUCUAGGAGAUAUGAAUUACACAUAUUGAUAGAACUGAUAUCACAAUGAGUUAGAAACUGAGUUGUUCAAUAUGGAUUAUGGAAUGAAGAAAAUGCGAAAAGGUGGAGGGGAGUACUGCCAGUAAUGAGAUUUACCUCAAUUGUGGAUUAAUGAUCAUGUGAAGGCCAGGAAACCAUGUUUCAUAAGGUGGUUGUGGAUGCUUGUCUUGCUUUUCCUAUAUCUCAUCCUUGAUGAAAGGCUGGUAAUGGUUUUUAGUAUUGAACCUGCAGAUCCUCAAAUAUCAAUUUACAGCAGGCACUGGCCCGGGUGGAGGUGGCUAAAGAUGGUGAGAAAGCUGUGCAAAGAUGGGAAGGUCAACGGAGUCAAUUGAAUGAGGUGUGUGAGCUGGUCACUGCAUCGGUCAUUCUCAGUGUCAAGAAUGUGAAGAAGUAUGAAUUGAAGCGCUGUGCUGAUGUAUAAUAGCAGAUCACUAGAUCCAAUUAAAAUAAGUCUAGUUUUUUCUGGAUAUGAAGGUCUCUUUUACUAGGAUUUUUAUCAUCAACUUAUUAGUAUAUAUAUGCUUGUUGGGAUGGUAGCGGUUAACUGCUGCCGCUUGAGAAGAUGGAGCAGCAUUUAGGACCCCGCAUAAAUAGUCGAUUUUAAUGUUCAUUCGUAUUUUCA